UAUGGCUCCAGGUCAUGUGAAUAAUAAUGUGUGUAUCUGUGUGUACCGUGGAUGCUGGGGGUGCGCUGAUUGUGUCAUGCACUCACUUUGAAGGAGUUCCAAGAAAUUGAUGAGAGGCAUCUCCCCUCCCCCUCUCUCCUUCACCUUUUCUCUGUCCUCUUAUCUUGUUCCUCCCUCUCUCCCCUCUUCCUCCCACUCUCUCUCUCUUCCUCUUUCCCUCUCUCGUCUCCCUUGCCUCUCUCUCCCUCUGUCCACCAUUCGCAGGUGUAUGCAUGUGGAGAAGGCACCAGUGCAAGGCUGGGAGUUGGCGACCACUCCAAUCAACCCGUACCCAAAGUCCUGACUGAUCUGAGUACAUACGUAGUGAGGAAAGUCGCGACCAGUUCUGGAGGCAGACAUGCAAUGGCUCUCACGGCAGAUGGGAAAGUCUUCUCGUGGGGCGAUGGAGAAAUGGGGCAGCUGGGCCACGGGGACAAUCGGAGCUACAAUACUCCCAAGAUGAUCGAAGGACUUCAGGGAAAACAUGUUAGGGACAUAGCCUGCGGGAGUGGCUACAGCACAGCCAUCACUUCCAAUGGAGAGCUUUACACGUGGGGUCAAGGCCAUCGAGGUCAACUCGGUCACGGAGAUUGCUGCAGUGUCAGCAAGCCAAAACAGGUGCGGGAAUUGGAGGGACAUCGUGUUGUGGGCGUGGCAUGUGGACUGCGUCUGCCCCACACCCUUGCCGUCACAGACAGCGGCACCCUCUGGUCGUGGGGUGACGGGGCGUUCGGGAAACUCGGAAUAGAACGGACUCAAUUUGCCCACACUCCACAGAAGGUUCAGUUCGGUGACCAUCAGGGAGUGGCCCAGUUACACUGCGGAGUUCACUUUUCUCUCAUACUCACAAAAGACGGCAGCAUCUACACCUGGGGGAGAGGUGAGUACUUCAGACUGGGCUCCGAUGCCAGCACAAAUAUCAAGAUGCCUCACAAGGUGGAGGGACUGGCUCACAAGAAAGUGGUGCAGGUGGCUGUUGGAGCGAUGCACUGUCUCGCUCUCACGGACAACGGAGAGGUGUUUUCAUGGGGAGACAAUGAACACGGGCAGCAGGGAAACGGAAGUCUCACCGCCAACAGGAAACCGCAGCUCAUCACGGCGCUCAAGGACCACCGCAUCACCAAGAUUGCCUGUGGUUCCUCGCACUGCGUGGCGUUUGCCGCGGGGACUCCCACCGCGACGGGCGAGUUCUCUCCCGUGUCGUUCCCGGCCUCGCAGGACCCUCUGGGGAGCUCCCUGCUCGUCGGGAGACCUGACGAUGGGGCAGGGGGAGAGCAAGACGAGAUGAAACGACCGUCGCUGACUAAAAUCGUUCUGUCUCUCCAGACACCGGCCAAGCAGCAGGAGGCUCUCGGUCACAUGCAGACUGCACUGCAGAUUGCUUAUGCAAGAGAUGCGAUAGUCAACUCACUGGGUGGUGUGGCACUAGCUGCCCAGGAGACGGCUGAAGACCUGCAGGAAGAAGAAGGGACAAGUGCCGUGGAGAUUACAGGGGUGAUCCCCUCUUCCGAAAUAUCCUCCCUCGCUGGGUUCUCCUCAACAAAGCAGCCGGAGGAACUAGAAGUACCGCAAUCGUCUGACAAAGUCAUCCCGAAUUUUCCUCUACUGGCGAGAGACCUCAUAAGUUUUACUCACCUGCUAACGGUUGAAGAUGCGAGAGUCAUGGUGGACCUGUUGAAGCUGGCAGUGGCUAGGAGGGUGGGGACGAGAGGGAAAGAGACACUCGGAGCAGUACUGACGGCUAUGGCCAAGACUAAUACCGAGGUUGCUACAAUGCUAAUGGAACUGUGUAUAAAUGAACUGGAGGAGGUAGCCAGGUCUCCAAGGAUCAGUGAAACCCCGCAGCCAAUCCUCCAGGAGAGCCCUCACCCCUACCAUGACAACUGUACCUAUAGCAACAACAUCCACAUGCCGGGUGCUGAGGCUCUUAUCCUGACCUUUGACCCCCGAUGCUCAACAGAGCGACGGCACGAUGUGCUGGUGAUCAAAGACGGGAGCGGCGCCGUUAUCGCCGUGAAAUCGGGACGAGACACAGCCGAUUGGGCGCAAGACAUUCGCGUUGUCGGCGACGAACUUUCGUGGACUUUCAAGAGCGACGGAUCCGUCAACGGGUGGGGCUUCCGUUUCACCGUUAACCCCAUUCUCCCCAAGAAGGUUCACGGAGGAUCGGAGCUAUCUGACCGGGUUCUCCAGUCCAGACCGUCCGUAGAUCUGGUGACCUGUCUCCUGGAUUUCCAGCUGGGGAGUGCACCGACCCAGGAGAGUGUCAGUCGACUAGGAGCGGCGCUCGCCUCCUGUGCACAGCUAUCGACACUCGGGGCGUCCCAGCGAAUGUGGGCCAUCCAGCAUUUCAGGAAGUUGCUCAAUUCCCCGACCAGUGGGUUUCUGGUUUUCGGAGCGAUGGGAAGUUGCUGUCCUGUCAAGGAGGCCGGAGGAGGCAGCAUUUCUCCUCUCAUCUCCCUCAUGCGCUGUCUCCCCGAUGCCCUCUUCAAGCAGUUCAACUACGAGAUAGCCCACGUGACGGGCGGCACGCAGCUCCAACACAGCUCCUUUCUCCAGUCACUCGUCCUCCUCGGCUGCGACGUGGAGCUGGACUGCAUGGAGAGUUGCUCAGACUCCACCAAAUGGACGUGGUUCGCGCAGUUCUGCGUCGCCGCUCGCAUGGCCAGAGCCAUCCAGAAUAGGACACCCAUACCUGCCACGUGUCUGGCAGAGGUCGAUGCCUGUAUAGAAUCCCUCACACAACCGGGAGAGAAGUCCAACAGAGACCACGAGAACAACGAAAUCUUCAAACUUGAGCACGACGAGCAGCUACUCCUCUGGAUGCAGAGGUACCCCAAGGAGUGGGUAAUUCCUCUGGGAAUAGCGUUCUCGGUGUACGGCUGGGGACACAACCACAGGGGCCAGCUGGGGGGAGUCGAGGGGAACAAAAUCAAGACCCCACGGCUCUGCGAGGCGUUCUCGGAACUGUCCCCCGUGAAGGUCACUGGAGGAGAGCAGACCAUGUUUGCCAUCACCAAGGAUGGGAAGGUGUAUGCCUCGGGCUACGGAGCAUAUGGAAGACUAGGUAUUGGAGGAGUUGACAGCGUCUCGACGCCAACUCUCAUUACCUCCUUUGCCACCAGAGGUAUAGUGGUGUCAAAGGUGGCGUGUCACUCGGGAGGGAAGCACUGUCUAGCCCUCACCAACAACGGAGAGAUGUACUCGUGGGGCGAAGGGGACGAUGGGAAACUGGGACAUGGAGGAACAGCUAAUGUGGACACUCCGAGGUUCGUGGACGCCAUGAAGGGGAAACGGGUGGUGGACGCCGAGUGUGGCUCCUCCCACUCUGCCUGUAUCCUUGACGACGGGAGCCUCUACACGUGGGGCAAAGGUCGCUACGGACGUCUCGGACACAAUGACUAUGAGACUCAGUACAAACCGAAACAGGUGAUGGCUCUAAAGGGGGAAAAGAUCGUUGCAGUUGCCUGCGGCAGCGGCGACGCCCACUCUCUUGCGGCCUCCAAGGAGACUGUCUUCUCCUGGGGAGAUGGAGACUACGGGAAACUCGGCCGCGGCGGAAACGAGGGGUCAAAGGUCCCGAAGAGGGUGGAUUCACUCAGCGGGAAGGGUGUGGUCAAAUUGAUGUGUGGUUCGCAGUUCUCCAUUGCUCUUACAACAAAGAACGGGCACAUUUACACCUGGGGCAAGGGUGAUUAUUAUCGUCUGGGGCAUGCAGACGACUCCCACCAGCGUCUCCCGAAGAGAGUCAUGGGUCCUCUGGCCAACAAGAUAGUGGUGGACGUUGCCUGCGGGUCCCUCCACUGCGUCUGCUGCACGAGCAAUGGACAGGUGUUCACUUGGGGAGAUAACGAUGAGGGGCAGAUUGGCAACGACAGCGUCACUCCUGUUCAGGGACCUCAGGUGUGUGAAUGACAGA